GCGCCUUCCCGGUGCUGCAGGGAGGCUCCGGAGCGCGGUCGCGUUUUGGUGAAGCGCGCGGAGGUUUUCAGACCCUGCGCGGCCGCCGUCGUCACGUGAGCGGCGCAAAGAUGGCGGCGCCCAUGUGAGGGGAUGCGCGGGGCGGCGCGCGCGGCUGCCGCUCUCAGGACCCUCUGCAGGAGCCCCCCGGUCAUGGACGGCGCUUCCCACAACGGCUCCGCUGCCCUGGAGGGCUCGGAGGGACCCCCGGAGGGCUCGGAGGGACCCCCGGGGGGCUCGGUGGGACCCCCGGUGGGCUCGGAGGGACCCCCGGAGGGCUCGGUGGGACCCCCGGAGGGACCCCCCGGCCCCGAGGAGUCGCUGAUCACCGAGGGCCGCGCCACCAUCGUGUUCCCCAACGCCAACGAGGUGUUCUACAACCCCGUGCAGGCCUUCAACCGCGACCUGACCUGCGCCGUCCUGACGGAAUUCGCUCGGCUCCGGCUGCGCCCCAAAGGAAUUCGGGUCGUCCUCCCCGGCGAGGAGGAGCCCGAGGAGCCCCCCGAGGGGGGGGAGCCCCCCAGGACGGCGCGGCCGGGAGAGCGCUGUGAGGGCGGUCUCCGUGUGCUGGAGGCUCUGGCGGCCUCGGGGCUGCGCUCGGUGCGCUUUGCCCGGGAGGUGCCGGGGCUGGGGGCCGUGCUGGCCUCGGACCUGUCCCCGCGCGCGGCCGCGCUCAUGGCCCGCAACGUGGCGCUCAACGGCGUCGGGGACACGGUGACACCGCGCCUGGCCGACGCCAGGAUGUUGAUGUACCAGAGCCGAGCCGAGCGCGCCCCCUUCGACGUCAUCGACCUGGACCCCUACGGGAGCCCCGCGCCCUUCCUGGACGCGGCCGUGCAGGCUGUCAGCGAGGGGGGGCUGCUCUGCGUGACCUGCACGGACAUGGCGGUGAUGGCCGGCAACAGCGCCGAGACCUGCUACAGCAAAUACGGCGCCGUGUCCCUCAAGGGCCGCUUCUGCCACGAGAUGGCGCUGAGGAUCGUCCUGCACAGCCUGGACCUGCGCGCCAACUGCUACCAGCGCUUCGUGGUGCCGCUGCUCUCGGUCAGCGCCGACUUCUACAUCCGCGUCUUUGUGCGGGUCUUCAGCGGCCAGGCCAAGGUCAAGGCCUCGGCCAGCAAACAGGCGCUGGUGUUCCAUUGUGUGGGGUGCGGCUCGCACCGCCUGCAGCGCCUGGGCAGGGCCACGAGCCACGGCAGCGGGUUCAAGUACAGCGCGGCCACAGGGCCGCCCGUGGGGCCCAGCUGCGAGUUCUGCCAGCACCGGCACCAGGUGGGGGGCCCGGUGUGGGCCGAGCCCCUGCACGACCCCCCCUUCGUGGAGUCGCUGCUGGCGGCGCUGGAGCGGAGCCCGGGGCGCUUCGGGAGCGAGGCGCGGAUGCGCGGGGUGCUGAGCGUCAUCCAAGAGGAGCUGAGCGAUGUCCCCCUGUAUUACACCCUGGACGGGCUGAGCAGCACCAUCCACAGCAACACCCCGUCCCUGCUGCAGCUCAGGUCGGCGCUGCUGCACGCCGGGUUCCGCGUCUCGCUGUCCCACGCCUGCCGCAACGCCGUCAAGACGGACGCGCCGCCGGCCGCGCUCUGGGACAUCAUGCGCUGCUGGGCCAAGCUGCACCCGGUGAAGCUCGAGCGGCUCCCGGAGUCCAGCCCGGCCGCCCGGAUCCUCUCGGUGGAGCCCACGCUCCAGGCUUCCUUCGCCCUCCACGAGGACGCCAACCCGCGCUCGCGGCAGCGCGGCCUGAAGCGAUUCCCCGAGAACCCCGAAGCGUUUUGGGGUCCCAAGGCCCGGGCCAGGCCGGGGGGGAGCAUCGCCCCCUCCCUGCAGGAGAAGCGGGAGCGGCUCCAGAACAAACGCUCGAAACAAUCGAAACAAUUCCCCAGCAAGCGCCUCAAGGAGGACGAGCAGUGCUGCGACUCCCACGAGCCCCCCCCGGCCUCCCCCCAUUAAAAACCAGUUCUGACCCAA